UCUCGGGUAAAACUGUUGUGUAAUAAUGGACGCAUUUUCUGUGCGGCAAUUUUUCUUCUCGCACCUUCGUAAUAGAAAAAGUUAUGCGUUGCGUCGUGUCGUCGCUCGGUUGCAUUGAACUGGCAAAGUAGGCACAGGUGGUCGCCCAGCAAAUGGAAUGGCAAGUCACGCUUCGGCUUUGCGGAAACCUGGUUGUGGCCCACUCGGUGUUUCAUAAAAAUUUUAAAACUCUUAUCGCCGAUUCAUGUGAUCUUCAAGGACUAUUGGUAUGCACAUAAUUCGGAAGAGGCUGCGGUUUAGGCAAAUAUAAAAAGCAGUUGGUGUGAACUUGUCAAUCAUUCUCCACAAUAGGUUAGUCGUGGGAAGUCGUAUUGAACAUUUUUCAAAUACUUAAAACAUGUUGAAACUGGCUGUUUUUAGUUUUGCAGUGGUGAUUACCACCCUUAGUAGCAUUCCAUCGAGUGAGGCCUUUGGAACAGAUAUUUUCGAUCAGCUGUCCGAGCUACUGUUCGGAUCGGAUUCCUCGGAGGAAGAAGGUUCCGGAAUGAUAGUUACGGCCAAGCCAAAUGCCUCAGUGACGGUGUUGUGUGAGAAUAAAUGCAAUCUCAACGUGACUUGUAUAAAUUGUAUGAAAGUGGAUUCCACCAUGAUGAAUCCGGAUGCGUCAUCAACGACAGCUGCAGCUGCAGCAACAACGGCGGCCACUUCCGGUUCGGCAACAACGCCCUCUAAUGGUGCGGGUGGGGCAGGUGGUGGUGCUGGUGGAGCUGCUGCUACUACCCAAAUGGACAACGCAAUGACUACAAUGACACCUUAGACUCAUAAAAUAAUUGAAUUUACGUAGGUUAAGGUUAAGUAUCUUCGUACAUUUGAUAGUUUUUGUGCACAACAGAAUAAGACAAUGCAAGUCAAAGAAUUUGAGAAUUCUUUUCUUAAUACAUUCUUUUGCAAUAUUAGUUUUAAGACAUAAAUGUUGAUAAUAUUGAUUUCAAAGCAAAUCAUAAAACGUGAUCAAUUUUCGGCAUAUUUUUAGUAUUUUUUCAUUCAUUACAUUUUUUAUAUCUAUGUGUUCUGUGUUAGACAAC